AAAAUAAUUACACUGAAUUUCAUCGGCUUCUCCAUCGAUCCUCCUCCUCCUUCUCUGCCCCUCGUAUCUAUCUUAUACUCUAAUUACAAUUACAAUUCAAUCAUAUUCACAGCUGCAAAGCAGGAUGGACUUCCCGGACAUUCCGACAGGGAAAUCACCGAGAAGAGAACUUCAAGGCCCUCGUCCCGCGCCUCUGAGGAUACACAAAGAUUCCCACAAGAUCAAGAAACCGCCGCUGGCGCCACAACCGUCGCAACCGCGGCCUCCCCCGCGCCAGCCGAUCAUCAUCUACGCUGUCUCCCCCAAGGUCAUCCACACCACGCCGGGUGACUUCAUGAGUCUCGUUCAACGCCUCACUGGCUCUUCUUCUUCGGCUUCUUCCUCCAACGCGAGGUCAAACGAUCCUUUCACUGGUAAUAAUGGCGAUAAGGUAUCACCGGCAGCGCGAUUCGCCGCUAUAGAGAGGGCCAGGUCUCCCCAGCUGAAGAAAGGACCGGUGCAGCAUCAUGGUGGCCAUGCUGGUGGUGACGUGGAAGGGAUCCCGGAGGCGGGCGAUGCGAUUGAGCGGCCCAGCAGUACGUUUCCUGGGAUUUUGUCGCCGGGACCGGCUGCGCUGUCUCCGAUUCCUGCGAGCUUCUUCUCGCCGCCGUCAACGGCAGAUCAAGCUGUGGGCAGCUUCCUUCAUGACUUGAGCCCGGCCAUUCACCGGAGCUUUAUGGAGGGUAGCUUCGUGCCUAGCCCUUCCUACUUUAUUUCGCCUCGUACUCCUUCUAUCGACUUAUUCAACAAUUUCUUUGAUUCGUAAGUUACUUAGAUUUUAUCGUUAAGUUUUGAGAGUAUUGUUUGAUGAGGGGGAGUGCUGGGUUUCAGAUGGGGGAGGGACUGCAGAAGGAUUAAUAAAAAUAAAGAAAAUUGUUAUUCUUUUAGUUGAGAAUUUCUUAAUGGAUUGAUUAUUCUUUCAA